AUGGAUUCAGAAGACUACAUGAAUCCAUACCGUCCCUCCUCUGGCUAUUUAAAUCUGUUACAAAGCCAGCUUGAUACCCAAAACCUCGAAUACAGUCCUUCACCUAGUCCAUCUGAAGCUCCAUCUGAACUUCCAUCCUCUCAAGAAAACCACAAGACAAGGCAUGCAUGGUUACCUUCUGAUGAUAUCAUGCUUGUCUCGGCUUGGCUCAACACGAGCAAAAAUCCGGUUACAUCAAAUGAGCAAAGACAAGGACGACCAAAGAGGGAAGCGAGUCAUUGCAAGCAGAGGUGGGGGAGGAUAAACGAAUUGGUGUGCAAAUUCGUUGGCUAUUACGAUGCUGCCACGAGAGAGAAGUCUAGUGGGCAGAAUGAAGAUGAUGUGAUGAAGUUAGCACAUCAUAUAUACUUCACUGAUCAUGGAGCACGGUUUACCUUGGAGCAUGCAUGGCGAGACUUAAGAUACGAUCAAAAAUGGUGUGCCUCCACUUCUAUUAAAGGUAAUGGAGUGAAAAGGGGAAGAGUGAGUGAUCCGGUUUCUGAACAGGAUGCACACCAUCCGAUUGAUGUGGAUGAACCAUUGCCCCGUCCUCCUGGUGUUAAAGCUGCCAAGGGGAAGUCCAAAAAAGCACUAACACAACCGAUUGAUGUGGAGGAAGAUGGAAAAGCUUACUUGGAGUUUCAGUUAGAGCGUGUCUCGAGGAUGUAUGAGAUAAAGCAGAAGGACUUCGAGUUGAAAGAGAAGGAGUUUGCUAUGAAGAAGGAGCAUAUCAAGCAUGUGAUGCUUGAAAAUCUGAUUGCUAAAAAGGAUGAACUAACUGAAUCAGAAAAAGCUCUUAAGGACAAACUUAUUGAUGACAUGAUGUCAUCAACUUGA